UAGAACUAAAGACUUCGGGUGUUUGAACUUAGAAUGAAUGUCUUUAGUUCUAACCCGAAGUAACUUUUGUCUCAUCAUUUACAAGGAGAAAGACACAACACAACCAUUUCAUCUUUUUCAAUCAAACGUGAUAUCCUAAAUGAUGAAGCAUCUCUCCCUUGAUCGGCGGAUCCAAUCACUAUUUCCUGUUGCAUUGGCUUCUCUUCUAGUCCUAGGAACUGUACGACUAGUUCUGGAUAAUUUGAAGAGCGACCACAGCCAGAUUUUCCGGCUAUAUGGCUGGCCAAGAGGUGAAAAGCAUAGGUUACCAAUUGUUCUCUCUCCCAAGGAUCGUAUUGAAGAAAGAUGCAAUGUGUUUGAAGGGAAAUGGGUGUGGGACAAUGUGUCAUAUCCUCUUUAUACAGAAGAGAGCUGCCCCUUCUUGGUUAAACAGGUGACUUGCCACAGGAAUGGGAGACCUGAUUCCUUCUACAAGAAUUGGAGGUGGCAGCCUAAUGGAUGCAAUCUCCCAAGGUUCGAUCCAUUAAAGUUGUUGCAGAUCUUGAGGGGUAAAAGGCUCAUGUUUGUAGGAGAUUCUGUACAGAGAGCCCAAUUUGAAUCAAUGGUCUGUUUAGUACAAUCGGUAAUUCCAGAAGGAAAGAAAUCCCUUCGAAGAGUUCCCCCCAAGAAGAUCUUCAAAGCCGAGGAGUAUGAUGUAUCGAUUGAGUAUUACUGGGCACCCUUUAUCGUUGAGUCUAACUCGGAUCAUGCAACAAAUCAUACCGUACUGAAACGGUCGGUCAAGCUUGACUCAAUAGCUAAGCAUGGCAAAGAGUGGGAAGGAGUUGAUGUGCUGGUAUUUGAGAGCUAUGUCUGGUGGAUGUAUAAGCCUCUUAUCAAUGCAACAUAUGGAUCUCCAUAUAAUGUGAAAGAAUAUAAUUUGACCACUGCCUACAGACUAGCCUUAGAAACAUGGGCAAAUUGGAUAGACUCCAAGAUCAAUCCUCAUAAUCAAAAGGUGUUUUUCAUGAGUAUGUCUCCAACACACCUAUGGAGCUGGGAAUGGAAGCCUGGAAGUGAUGGAAACUGCUUCAGUGAGUCAGACCCAAUCCAAGGUCCAUACUGGGGCACUGGCUCAAGCCUCAAGAUCAUGGACAUAGUACAUGACAUAUUACAACAAUUAAAAGUCAAUGUAACACUUAUGAAUAUUACACAAUUGUCAGAGUUUCGAAAGGAUGCUCACACAUCAAUUUAUGGGGAACGCAAGGGAAAGCUCUUGACUAAGGAACAGAGAUCUGAUCCAAAAAAAUUUGCAGAUUGCAUUCACUGGUGCUUACCAGGAGUACCUGAUACAUGGAAUGAGAUUUUGUAUGCUUAUUUGUUGAAAAAUUAUCACGGUUUUUUGUAAAUUAAAACUACACCAAGAAAUGUGAUGCAACCCUCCAUAAAAUUUAGGAGGCAGCAUUACAUGUUGUUGCUGAGGAUUCAAAAUUGCAAUCUUGUUUAUCAAUUUUUUGAAAUGGGAGGAUUUU